AUGCCAAAGAAACCUACCGAUACAAACAAACCUCGUGGUCCAAUAACGGCUUAUGCAUUAUUUGUUCGGACUUGUCGUGAUGAAUUACGUCGAAAAUAUCCUCAUUUAACUGUUGAUUAUAAUGUUAUUGCUAGAAAAUGUUCCGAUCGUUGGAAAUCGAUGAAUGAUAAUGAAAAAAAACGUUUUAAUGAUAUUGUUGAUUUACAACGUAAACGUUAUAAAGAAGAACUUGCUGUCUAUCAGCAAGAACAAUUAAUUAAACAACAGCAACAACAAGAAUUACAAACAUCGUCAAUAUUACAUCAAACAUCAUCAACACAAUAUUUUAUUGAACCAAUACAACAACAUACAAUUGUUAAUAUACAAAAAAAAUUAAUAAAAAAACGUAAACGAACACCAAAAGAUCCUCAUGCACCCAAAAAACCUUUAUCAGCUUAUUUUCUUUUUUGUGCUGAUGAACGACCUAAAAUUAUCAGUUUACAAACAGGUUUGUCAGUUAGUGACGUAGCACGUGAGCUUGGUAUUCGAUGGAAACAAACAACUGCUGAAUUAAAAUUAAAAUACGAGAAAGCUGCAUCUGAAAAGAAACAUGUUUAUCAAACUGAAAUGGCACUUUAUAAACAUCAAACAUCAACAAAUUUAUCACCACCUGAAACUCCUCAAACACCAUCAACACCUCAUGAUUAUCAAUUAACACCAUCUUCAAUGUCUAUUCAACAAUCUUCACAAAUACAAUAUGAUAAUAAUAAUGAUAUACAUGAAAAUCAAAAUGAAUUUGAUACAAUAACAAAUGAAAACAAUAACGCAAUUAAUUAUACGAAGAAUUGA